GAGCGCGCGUAUGGCAGAAAAAUACAUUGUAGCGCAGUAACAAACGCCAGUGAUUGUAAAAGUGCGAAUGGCGACGUCUGCACAACAGCAUACUUCGUUCUGAACUAACUAAAGCUGCUAUCUGAAGUGUCUGUAUACUUUCGUUUUCGCGUACUUUUGGAGUUGAAUAGAGUUUGGCCGAAGUUGACCGAUCCCCCCCUCUCUCUCUCUGUUUCAUUCAUCAGGUCUGUCAUAUGAUGGAGCCUUUAUAUCUCCCACAAAGGAUCAUUAAGCUUUAACAUCGCGUUGUUGUUUGUUGUAAAGGUUACAGAUCUGUAAGUGCCUAAAUGAUAAUAACCUUCAAAGCCCAUUGCUUUGAAAUAAACGCAGAACUCUUGCGGGUCAAAAAGAGGCGUGAGCGUUAACACUUGCGCUUGAUUGAGGGUGUUGUGACAGUGACAGAAUGUAAAUAAACUUGACCCGACCCACUCUCUCCUGGUUCAGGCAGACAUGUGCCGUCACUCUGCAAUGCCUCAUGCAACGAAGUUUUAUGCUUUAGUUAUGGGAUAAAGUUUAAAACCGUACAGACAUGCCCGUUAGGCUAUAUCAUAAUUUAUGAUUAUCCAUACAUUUAGAUUUGUAAUAUAUAUAACUUUAAGUCUAACAUUUAUGCACCUGUCCUAAAGAGAUCAGACAUUAAAAUUUGUGAAGAGGUAAAUUUGUUUGUGGUCAUAUUUAGGGCCCCCCUGAGCGCGUAACCACUGCCUCUGGGAUUCCCACAGCGCGCGUAAAUCAGUUAGCACGCGCAUCCUCUCGCGCCCUUGUGACCUUCAGCUGCGGUUCAUCUGGUGGUCUGCUCCCCAGGUGCAGGGGUUCACGACUAGGGAAGCAUCAGUUCGGCUUGCGGCCUCUCAGUCACCGAGCAUGAGUGCGCGCUGCUGCCGCCCCUGGCUGCACGAACGGGGAAAGUCUCUAUCUGCGCGAGCUAUCGGCGUGCCACAACAACAAAGAAACCAAAUCCAACUAAUUUAUUAAAAAGCAAUGGCGGCCGAUAGCGAUACGCGUUUCCCGCUAUGAUUCAGACACGAUGGUGCUAUAGGUUAUGUGUCACGGUUUUAAAGACAAAGAUGAUAGAGAUGAUAUCAGUGGUAUAUCAGAAAGAGACAGUCUGGGAAAAAAGAAGCGAGGGCCCAAGAAAAAGAAAGAGACAAAGAAGAAAGACAAAGAGAAGGAGGGCAAGAUGGCCAAAGCACGCAAGCGCAAAAAAAUAGAGAGUGACAUAGAAAGAGACUCAGAGGUCGACUAUGGCGUGAACUCAGACAGUGCUGCCAGUGAUUAUGGAGGAGAGAAGAAAAAGAAGAAAAAACACAAGGACAAAAAAGAGAAGAAAACCAAGAAAAAGAAGAAGGAGGAUGAUGACAGUACACAUGAAGAGACCACAAAGCCGGUAGAGCUGAAGACAUCGGCCCAGCUGGCUAAGGACUGGGGUCUCGAAGAUGUUGAUCACACAUUCACAGAGGAGGAUUACCGAACACUAACCAACUACAAAGCAUUUAGCCAGUUUCUGAGACCCAUGAUUGCCAAGAAGAACCCAAAAAUCCCCAUGUCUAAAAUGAUGACCAUUCUGGGGGCCAAAUGGCGGGAGUUUAGCUCUAAUAAUCCAUUUAAAGGUUCAGCAGCAGCCGUGGCUGCCGCUGCUGCCGCCGCCGCUGCAGCCGUUGCAGAGCAGGUCUCUGCCGCAAGAGCUUCCCCUGAACCUCCUCCUCAGCCACCACCACUUCGCAAGGCUAAGACCAAAGAGGGGAAAGGCCCUGGCUACAAGAAACGCAGUAAGAGUCCUCGAGUCUCAGACAAGAAGAAGCCGAAACCCAAGAAAAUGGCUCCUCUACGCAUCAAACUUGGAGCAUUGGGCACGAAGAGGAAGAAGAGCAGCUCGAGCGAGGAGGUAGACGAUGACGAUUCUGAGCAGGAGAACUCCAGCGUUCACAGUUCCUCAGUGCGUUCAGACAGUUCGGGACGGGUAAAGAAGAACAAAAGGGGUCGUCCAGCCAAGAAGAAAAAAGUGGUGGGCGACGAGGAUGCCGAUGGCUAUGAAACGGACCACCAGGACUACUGCGAAGUGUGUCAGCAGGGAGGGGAGAUCAUUCUGUGUGACACCUGUCCUCGAGCGUACCACCUGGUGUGCCUGGAGCCCGAGCUGGAAAAAGCACCGGAGGGCAAAUGGAGCUGCCCUCACUGUGAGAAAGAAGGAAUCCAAUGGGAAGCGAAGGAAGAAGACUUUGAGGACUUUGAAGAGGAGUGCGAUGAUGUCAGGGAUGUGGAGGUGGGGCUGGGUGGAGAGGAAGAGGAGGAUGAUCACAUGGAGUUCUGUCGUGUGUGUAAAGAUGGAGGAGAGCUGCUGUGCUGUGACUCCUGCCCAUCGUCCUAUCACAUUCACUGCCUGAACCCGCCGCUGCCCGAGAUCCCCAACGGAGAGUGGCUCUGUCCACGCUGCACUUGUCCACCAAUCAAAGGUCGAGUGCAAAAAAUUCUGCACUGGCGAUGGGGUGACCCCCCACCUUCAGUUCCUGUCCCGCCACCCCCGGACGCACCCCCCGAUGCCCCGCCCCCUCCGCCCAUGAAGGGGCGCCCCGAGAGAGAGUUCUUUGUGAAGCUAGCAGGACAAUCCUAUUGGCAUUGUACCUGGAUUACAGAGCUACAGCUCGAAAUCUUCCACUCGGUGAUGUUCCGGAACUAUCAGAGGAAAACGGACAUGGACGAGCCGCCCAGUCUGGACUACGGCUCUGGAGGAGAGGAGGAUUCUGGGAAAAGUGAGAAGCGGAGGGCCAAAGACCCUCAAUAUGCCAUCCUGGAAGAAAAAUACUAUCGUUAUGGAAUCAAGCCAGAAUGGAUGAUCGUGCACAGAAUAAUCAAUCACAGCAGUGUGGAUAAAAAGGGGAACUACCACUAUCUGGUUAAAUGGAGAGAUCUGACCUACGACCAGUGCACUUGGGAGAGAGACGAGCUGGACAUCCCUGAGUUUGGUGUAUACAAAGCAGCCUACUGGAGACACAGGGAAGAUGUGAUGAAGGAAGACCCAGAGAAACCAAGGAAGAUGAGGAGAAGAGAGGAGAAUGAUGAAGCUCCAGGCACACCUGUUAAUGAUCCCACUAUCAAGUAUGAGGAGCAGCCAGAUUUUGUGACAGAAACUGGAGGAACGCUGCACCUCUAUCAGCUGGAGGGUCUUAACUGGUUGCGUUUCUCCUGGGCUCAAGGCACCGACACAAUCCUGGCUGAUGAAAUGGGUUUGGGCAAAACCAUCCAGACCAUCGUCUUCCUCUACUCACUGUUCAAAGAGGGUCACACCAAAGGGCCGUUUCUGGUGAGCGCGCCGCUCUCCACAAUCAUUAACUGGGAGAGGGAGUUUGAGAUGUGGGCUCCUGACUUCUACGUGGUUACCUACACUGGAGACAAAGACAGCCGAGCCGUCAUCCGUGAGAACGAGUUCAGCUUCGACGACACGGCGGUGAAGGGUGGAAAGAAGGCUUUCAAAUUACGGAGAGAAGCUCCCAUUAAGUUCCAUGUGUUGCUGACGUCAUAUGAGCUGGUGACCAUAGACCAGAACGUCCUCAAGUCUAUCGAUUGGGCCUGUCUGGUGGUGGAUGAAGCUCACCGCCUCAAAAACAACCAGUCCAAAUUCUUCAGGAGGCUGAAUGAUUACAAGAUCGACCAUAAGCUGCUGCUGACGGGAACUCCACUGCAAAACAACCUGGAGGAACUUUUCCACCUGCUCAACUUCCUAACGCCCAACCGCUUCAAUAAUCUAGAGGGCUUUCUAGAGGAGUUUGCGGACAUCUCUAAAGAGGACCAGAUUAAGAAAUUGCACGACCUGCUCGGCCCACACAUGCUGAGAAGACUCAAAGCCGACGUGUUUAAGAACAUGCCAGCCAAAACCGAGCUGAUCGUACGAGUUGAGCUCAGCCCCAUGCAGAAGAAAUACUACAAGUUCAUUCUGACGCGUAACUUUGAGGCGCUGAACUCUAAGGGAGGAGGGAACCAGGUGUCUCUGCUCAACAUAAUGAUGGACCUGAAGAAAUGCUGCAACCACCCCUACCUCUUCCCCGUCGCCUCUGCUGAAGCUCCUAAAACACCAAGUGGAGCUUAUGAAGGUGUGGGUCUCACAAAAGCUUCUGGGAAACUCAUGCUGCUGCAGAAAAUGCUCAGAAAAUUAAAAGAACAAGGUCACAGAGUACUCGUGUUCUCUCAGAUGACCAAGAUGCUGGAUUUGCUGGAGGAUUUUCUGGAUUAUGAGGGUUAUAAAUAUGAGCGAAUUGAUGGUGGCAUCACUGGAGCACUGCGCCAGGAAGCCAUAGACAGAUUCAACGCUCCGGGGGCGUGUCAGUUUUGUUUUCUUCUCUCGACGCGAGCUGGUGGUCUGGGUAUCAAUUUAGCUACUGCAGACACAGUUAUCAUCUUUGACUCUGACUGGAAUCCUCACAAUGACAUUCAGGCCUUCAGUCGAGCUCAUCGUAUUGGUCAGGCGAAUAAGGUGAUGAUCUAUCGCUUCGUGACACGGGCGUCGGUUGAGGAACGAAUCACUCAAGUGGCGAAGAGAAAGAUGAUGCUGACACACUUGGUAGUGCGGCCUGGUCUGGGCUCAAAAGCCGGAUCCAUGUCCAAACAAGAGCUGGAUGACAUUCUCAAGUUUGGCACGGAGGAGCUUUUCAAAGAUGAGAUUGAAGCAGGGGAAAAUAAGGAUGAUGACAGCAGCGUAAUUCACUAUGACAAUGCUGCCAUCGAGCGCCUAUUGGACCGCAGCCAGGAUGCCACAGAUGACUCUGACAUGCAGAAUAUGAACGAGUAUCUUAGCUCUUUCAAAGUGGCCCAGUACACAGUGAAAGAGGAUGACAAGAUAGAGGAGAUUGAGAGAGAGAUCAUUAAGCAGGAAGAGAACGUGGAUCCAGAUUACUGGGAAAAGCUCCUGAGGCAUCACUACGAACAACAGCAGGAAGAUCUGGCUCGCAAUCUCGGCAAGGGAAAGCGAGUCCGCAAACAAGUCAACUACAAUGACGCAGCCCAGGAGGACCAAGAGUGGCAUGCUGACAUUUCAGAUAACCAAUCAGAAUACUCUGUUGGCUCAGAGGAGGAAGAUGAGGACUUUGAUGAGAGGCCUGAGGGUCGCCGACAGUCUCGCAGGCAGCUCAGGAAUGAGAAGGAUAAACCGUUGCCCCCCCUGUUGGCCAGGGUGGGUGGCAACAUCGAGGUGUUGGGCUUUAACACGCGCCAGAGAAAGGCCUUCCUGAACGCUGUAAUGAGGUGGGGGAUGCCCGCUCAAGACGCCUUCUCCUGCCAGUGGCUCGUGCGAGACCUCCGUGGCAAGAGCGAGAAAGAGUUCAAGGCGUACGUGUCGCUGUUCAUGAGGCAUCUGUGUGAGCCGGUGGCUGACGGUUCGGAGACGUUUGCCGAUGGUGUUCCGAGGGAGGGGCUCUGCAGGCAGCCGGUCCUUACACGUAUAGGGGUCAUGUCUCUGGUCAAGAAGAAGGUGCAAGAGUUUGAGCACAUCAACGGAAAAUGGAGCAUGCCUGAACUAAAGCCAGAGGUUACGGUGGACUCCAAGAAAUCUUCAAGAGCCUCUUCACCUGUCAUAAAGACAGACACUCCCACACCUGAACCGAGCUGUAACAACACACCCUGCACCUCCAAACCAGCCACUCCCUCUCCACCUGACAAAAUAGAAAAGAGCGGCAAAGAGGCCGAGAAAGACGAGAGUGAGUGCCAGUCAGAGUCAGAGAAAGACAGAGAGAAAGCAAAAGAGGGGAAGGAGGGAGAGAGUGCAGAAAGCACAGAAUAUGGAGAGACUUCCACCACGUUGAAAGAGGGUGAAAAGGAUCCUGCAACCAAUGAGAAAUCCCUAAGUCCACCUCUUGAUGACUCCAAAACAAAAGAAAACUCUGACGUCUCUCCGUCUUCUCCCAAAGAAAAGAGCGAUAAAGACAAACGCGAGGAGGACAUCUCCGAGAAGGAGACCUCCCUGGAGAAAACAAAGGGAGAUCCCACAUCUGAUUCCCCAUCUGUUAAAGAUGAGAACAGAGAGGCUGGGAAAGGAGAGAAGGGAGAGAAAAGAGAGAAGACUGGUGAAGAGCGGGAGAAGAGAGAUGAGACACCUCCCGCAGAAAUAACAGAAAAGAAAGAGAGAGCAGAUUCUGAUGUCAAAAAAGAGGAUGUGAAGGGUGAAAAGGAUCCCGAAAGAGCAAAAGAAGUGAGAGGUCUCAGGGAAGAGGUAGCCAAAGGUAACGGCAAACCCAUAGAGCGUCCACGGUUCAUGUUUAACAUCGCAGAUGGAGGCUUCACAGAGCUGCACACUCUUUGGCAGAACGAGGAGCGAGCGGCCAUUUCAUCCGGCAAGAUCAACGAGAUCUGGCACCGGCGACAUGACUUCUGGCUGCUGGCAGGCAUUGUGUGCCAUGGCUAUGCACGCUGGCAGGAUAUUCAGAAUGACCCGCAGUUCGCCAUCGUAAACGAACCUUUCAAGACUCAAGCCAACAAAGGAAACUUCUUAGAGAUGAAGAACAAGUUCCUUGCUCGACGGUUCAAGUUGCUGGAGCAGGCGCUGGUGAUAGAGGAGCAGUUGCGUCGGGCUGCGUACCUCAACAUGACCCAGGACCCCACUCACCCGGCCAUGGCCCUGAACGCUCGUUUCGCCGAGGUGGAAUGUCUGGCUGAAUCCCACCAACAUCUCAGCAAGGAAUCGCUCGCUGGAAACAAACCUGCCAAUGCGGUCUUACAUAAGGUUCUUAACCAGCUGGAGGAGCUUCUGAGUGACAUGAAGGCGGAUGUAACGCGGCUUCCAGCUACACUCUCCAGAGUCCCACCAAUCACAGCCCGUCUGCAGAUGUCAGAGAGAAGCAUCCUCAGCAGACUGGCCAACAAGGGGAAUGAGACGCAUGGACCUCCGUCUAUUCCUCCGGGCCCCUAUGCUACCCCGCAGAAUUUCGGCCCUCCCUUCACACCCGCACCUUCAGCGGCUCUUACUCUGGCCGGGGCCAACUAUAGCCAGAUGCCUCCUGGCUCCUUCAUAUCAGAAGCUCCGUCCUGCCUGAAGACCAAGGAACAUGACGUGCUGCAGCGCCAGAGAGUGGUGGACCUGUGGAAGGACGGCAGGUCGGAGGGGUCAAUUGGGCUGGAGCUUCACAUGCCUAAAUCCACUGUACACAGCAUCAUCGUCAAGUAUCGCCUCAGCAACACUGUGGAGAACCUCCCACGCAACGGUCGGCCUAAAAAGCCAUGACCGAAAGUGUGACGGAUGGAGAGAGAGAAAUUGUAGAAUAUGAGGUGCACCUUUUAAAAGGGAAACGCGGAAAGCCUGAUAAAUUGGAAAUGAAAGGAAGGGUAAGGUUAAAAUGUUGGAAUUGGAGGAGUGGGAAUGUCUGAAGAAAUUUUUUGGCAUGUAGAACGAGAAAAAAAAGUUGGUUGGGGUGACAAAAGCAUUAUGAAGAUAUCACAUUAAGGAUGAAAAGGCGGUAUGAACUAAUGCAAAAGAAAAAAUAAAGUAAAAGGUCAAAAGAGAGACAGUAGUAAAAUAACCCAACAUGCCCUGCCGAAGCCGUCUGGACUGUGAGGGAGCAGGCGGGAUGACAAAAAACACAGAGUUUUGUUCUCUCCACCACUUUUUUUUUGUCUGUCUCCCUUCAAUUCUCACACUCUGUCUCUCUUCCCUUGCCCCCCCUGCUCUCCUUCUUUCAUCUCUUGGUCCCAGAAAAGUCCCGGGAGAUUCAUUUUUUAUUGCGCCGUAGAGAGUACUCGUUUAAAUGCUCAAAACGUCCCUCCUUCAUUCCACUGCAAAUCACUCUUUCUUUUUAUAUCUCUUCUUUUAUCAUUUUUCCCAAAUUCUUUCUCCCAAACAUGCGCACAAAAACGCAUUGCCGCAGAAGUGGCCUGCAGCAUCUCACCGUGCCAGAACUGAAGAAUUCCGAAGACAGAAGUUUUCCAAAAUACCACAAGUUUGUUUUCAAUCAUUUAAACCCCUGACUCAAAACUCGUUUGGAACAGAGGCAAAGCGGAGUGAAACUAUCUCGGAUUUUUUUCUUCUGGAAGCACAGUCGACCUCUUGAAAAUGCUCCAAGUUUAACCACCUCCGACC